CGGAAGUGACGUCUCUGACGCUGGGACAGGUUCAGGACCUGAGCGACUGGCUUAGGCGAGCAGCGCUGGGGCUGUGGUCCUGCAGUCGCUAUGAGCUGCACCAUCGAGAAGAUCCUGACCGACGCCAAGACGCUGCUGGAAAGGCUGCGGGAGCACGAUGCGGCCGCGGAGUCGCUGGUGGAUCAGUCGGCGGCGCUGCACCGGCGGGUGGCCGCUAUGCGGGAGGCGGGGACGGCGCUUCCGGACCAGUAUCAAGAGGAUGCAUCCGAUAUAAAGGACAUGUCCAAAUACAAACCUCACAUUCUGCUGUCCCAAGAGAACACGCAGAUUAGAGACUUGCAGCAGGAAAACAGAGAACUGUGGGUUUCCUUGGAGGAACACCAGGAUGCUUUGGAACUCAUCAUGAGCAAAUACCGGAAACAGAUGCUACAAUUAAUGGUUGCUAAAAAAGCAGUGGAUGCUGAACCAGUCCUGAAAGCUCACCAAACUCACUCUGCAGAAAUUGAGAGUCAGAUUGACAGAAUCUGUGAAAUGGGAGAAGUGAUGAGGAAAGCAGUUCAGGUGGAUGAUGACCAAUUUUGUAAGAUUCAGGAAAAACUAGCCCAAUUAGAGCUUGAAAACAAGGAACUUCGGGAAUUAUUGUCCAUCAGCAGUGAGUCGCUUCAGGUCAGAAAGGAAAACUCAAUGGACACUACUUCCGAAGCCAUCAAAUAACUUCAGCUUCCGAACGACAGCUGGAGAUGGUUUAUCAAGGAAGGAAGUUACUGUCUUUCUACUUGAGUAUUGUCCUUUCAGUGUCUUGCCUCGGACUUGAUUUAAUAAUGUUGAUUAAAGGAAUCGGAUGGCAGUUUAGAAUUGGCAGUCAAAAUUGGCUGUCCACAAAACAGUUUUGGGGUGUGUUCGUGAAAAUACACACUGAAUUUCACCA